AUGGACCCUCCACUAGUGAACGACUCUUCUUUCUCCGCUGCAAAUCCUUCCUCUUACACUCUCUCCGAGAUUUGGCCUUUCCCUGUAAACGACGCCGUUCGCUCUGGUCUCCGUUUAGCCGUUAAUUCCGGUCGAGUCUUCACUCGGUCCGAGUUAGUUGAACAUUCCGGCAAUAAAGACGUCGUCUCUACGGCGGAGGAAUCUACCGUCACCGACCUAACUGCAGGCUGGGGAAGAAGAAAGACUCGAGAUUUGAACUCUGAAGACGAAUCUUCAAAGAUGGUUUCUUCGAGCAGCAGUGGUAAUGAAUUGAAAGAAUCGGGAGAUAAGAAAAGGAAGAUUUGUGGAUCUGAAAGUGGAAAUGGGGAUGGUUCGAUGAGACCUGAAGGCGAAACAAGUUCUGGUGGUGGAAGCAAAGCAACUGAACAGAAGAACAAACCUGAGCCACCUAAGGAUUAUAUUCAUGUGAGAGCAAGAAGAGGACAAGCUACUGACCGGCAUAGUCUAGCAGAGCGAGCUAGACGAGAAAAGAUCAGUGAGAAGAUGACGGCUCUUCAAGAUAUAAUACCGGGAUGUAAUAAGAUAAUCGGAAAAGCCCUUGUGCUCGAUGAGAUUAUCAAUUAUAUUCAGUCGUUGCAGCGGCAAGUUGAGUUUCUGUCAAUGAAGCUCGAAGUUGUUAACUCGGGUGUGACAACUGGUCCUACAAUAGGAGGUUUUCCUUCCGGAGAUCUGGGGAAUUUACCGAUUGACGUUCAUCGAACUAUAUAUGAGCAACAAGAAGCUAACGAAACCCGAGUGUCUCAACCGGAAUGGCUCCAUAUGCAAGUUGAUGGGAACUUUAACCGAACCACAUAA